AUGGCACCACCAAUCACGCCUCCCGCCGCCUCGAUCCUCCCAGCACCGCUUUUGCUAUUCGAUGAAGCCGUCGUGCUCGCACUGGUCAUCGUGGCAGUGCCAGUCGAAGAAGUAGCUGCAGCAGAUGAGGUGCUAGAAGCGAUGGCUUGCACGUCGGAAGGCAUGAGGGUACCGCAGGUCUUGCAGGCUUCAGAGCCGGGGUUGGCGAUACGGCAUUGGGCGAAAGUGGCUUCGCAAAUGAAGUUGGGCAGGGUGCCUUGGUAUGCGGCUAUGUUUGAGGGACCGGUGCCGUUGGCGCAGUGGGAGGAUGAGAAGGUUGGUGAGGGUGUUGGUGACAAUGAUGGUGACGGUGGUGGUGAUGCUGCAGCUGGGAAGAGUCUUGUGUGGGACUUACGCCAGUGCAAGAGUUAG